AGGAGAUAGCAUUUUAGGAGCAGGUUCCUGUACUGGCCUUCCCAUCUUCUUCACCAAAAAAAGUGGACUGAUCACCAUCUUGUCCAGGGAAAAUAUUUCUGUGCUUCCUGAAGACCUUGAAGAUUCCCUGUCCUCUACUCUUGCUGGACCAAGGAGUGAGAGUCCCGCAUUUGACGCAACCAGUAGGCUAGAAAUUGUAGCUCAAGAAGAUAAGACUAAAUUACUAAAAGCUGCUUUUCUACAGUACUGCAGGAAAGACAUAGUCAGUGCACAAAGCAUGGUAGAUGAGCUCUUUCCAAGUGAUGCAGAUCUGGAUUCUGAUGCUGAACUGAAUAGGGCAGUGACUCAGAUCAGUGUGGACUUAAUGGAUGAUUACCCUGCCUCUGAUCCAAGAUGGGCUGAGUCUGUACCUGAAGAAGCAGUUGGUUUCAGCAACACAUCUCUCAUUCUUCUUCAUCAGCUAGAGGAUAAGACAAAAGCACAUUCCUUCUUCAUUGAGUUUCUUCAUCAGGUUGGUGUAUUUGAACGUCUGGGCAGUUUUCCAGUACGAGGGAUGCCAAUGGCAACUCGAUUGUUGCUCUGUGAGCACGCAGAGAAACUAGCAGCAGCUAUUGUUCUCAAGAAUCAUCACUCCAGGCUGCCUGACCUAGUGAAUGCUGCUAUACUGAUUGCAUUAAACAAAAGGGAGUGUGAGAUUCCACCAAGCCUUACCCCUGCAGAUGUGUUCUUUCGAGAGGUGUCCCAAAUAGAUUCCAUCUUUGAAUGCUUACUGGAAGAAGAGGAACAAAUCCUGAAAGAUAUGCCUAUUGAAUCCAUUGAGUGGGCCCAGAUAGUUGUCAAUGUGAACAACAUCAUUAAGGACAUGCUACAAGCUGCCUGUCAGUAUCGUCAGUGUAGAGCCUCUUUAUAUAAACCAGGAGAGCUUCCAGAAAGAGAACCUGAAUAUAUUCCAUGGACAGCAUCUAGUGGCCUUCGUACAGCAAUAAUACGUCAGCAUGGGGUUAUUCUGAAGAUGGUGUAUCCUCAGGUGGACAGCAACCUCCGUAGCACUGUGGCUGAACAGCUGGUGGCACUGCUGGAUUGUUUUCUAGAUGGCUAUGUUUCUCAGCUGAAAUCUGUGGACCGCCCUGCUGAUCAAGAGAGAUACAGCAACGUGGAAAUGGAAUAUGUGCAGAGAAGAUCAGAACUCUUGUCUCCUCUCC